AUGUCCCGGGAUGAAUCGAGUUUCCUCCUGGAGUGUCGAUUGGCCUUGAGGGUCAUUCCUCGGUCCAGUGACCUUUCUCGGCCUAGGAGAGUCUUCUAUCGUGAACUAGUGGAGGCAGUUGCAAAGGAUCCACUACGCGGAUGGCUCGGCUUGUCGGCGGACGAGUUUCACUCCUUUUGGUCUUGGGCGCCAGCAUCGGAUUACCUCAUCAACCCUGAGUUUUCGCUUAACUGGCAAAUGAUUCGGAAUAGGCUCUCUCUCAAUGACAAGGCCUUCAUAAGGGGGUUGGCGGAUUUGCAAAACUGCAAUCGGUGUGAACUUGGUUUAGAGGAAACUGCUUCGCACGCCUUCUACCAUUGUCCUCGGGUGCACCCCCUAUGGGACAUUGUCAGCGAGUUGACGGCUCGUAUCGCUUCCGAAAAGCUCGUGCCCAUUGAUCGCGCAUACGCCUCCGACAAUGGGUCGCCCGGUACUCUAGGGUGA